AUGAAUUUGUCAUUGAAAUAUCUUCACCUGCUGGUGGCGUUCUUACUUUUUUGGUGUUUUGAAUCUACUAUUGAAGCGAAACAAAUAAUUAAACGUGAUUUAAAAUCAGGCCAAUACAAUGACGAAGAUACUUACAAACAGAACCCAUCAGGUGAAUUUGCUCAUAUUUGGCAUAGAACUACAACACUUAAGCCGAAAUCGACUACUAGACAAUUGGAUACAACUACUGCUGCUCCAAAAUCAACAUCAUAUCGUCCGAGGUCGACUUCUGAAGAAUGGGAUACAACUUCUUCUGCUCCCAAAUCAACAUCAUAUCGUCCGAGGUCGACUUCUGAAGAAUGGGAUACAACUUCUUCUGCUCCCAAAUCAACAUCAUAUCGUCCGAGGUCGACUUCUGAAGAAUGGGAUACAACUUCUUCUGCUCCAAAAUCAACAUCAUACCGUCCGAGGUCGACUUCUGAAGAAUGGGAUACAACUUCUUCUGCUCCCAAAUCAACAUCGUAUCGUCCGAGGUCGACUUCUGAAGAAUGGGAUACAACUUCUUCUGCUCCAAAAUCAACAUCGUAUCGUCCGAGGUCGACUUCUGAAAAAUGGGAUACAACUUCUUCUGCUCCCAAAUCAACAUCGUAUCGUCCGAGGUCGACUUCUGAAGAAUGGGAUACAACUUCUUCUGCUCCAAAAUCAACAUCGUAUCGUCCAAGGUCGACUUCUGAAGAAUGGGAUACAACUACUGCUGCUCCUGUAUCAACCGAAGGAACAACUCAUCAUCAUCACCAUCGAAGGAGAACAACAAGAAAACAAUAA